GGGUAAGGACCUGCACUGUCAACCUGUGCCGUACUGUCUGCCGGACUUUACGCUCAUCACUGGGCUACUACGAGUAGAGGGAGAAGACGCAUGCGUACUGACUUGAAGCAGCCGGUCGGAGGGAAAAAAAGCCUUAUGUGCCAUCGGAUGUAAUCAAGGCAAAGAAUUACCUCUUCUCGCCGUGCAUACAUGGUGAAAUUCCCAUGGGAUCAGAGCGGAUGGAGAUGCGAAAGAGGCAGAUGUCGGUGCAGCAGGAGUCUGCAGCGGGGGGAACUGCACCGGCCCAGCAGGGCCAGCCGGGCCAGGCCAAUCCACGGGGCUCAAAUGCAUGUUGCUUCUGCUGGUGCUGCUGCUGUAGCUGUUCCUGGAAUGAAGACCAGGAUGAUAGGAACCGAAAGGCUUCUUAUGACGUUAAAGAGGGGACCGCUGACUGUGAAGACUGUCCUAAGCCGACGCUGGAGGAGGUGCGCUCAUGGGGGCAGUCAUUUGACAAGCUGAUGUGUUGCCCGGCGGGAAGGAACUCCUUCCGACUGUUUCUUCGGACUGAGUUCAGCGAGGAGAAUAUGCUCUUCUGGUUAGCCUGCGAGGAGUUCAGCAACGAGGCUAAUAAGAGUGUGGUAGAGGAGAAGGCUCGGGUCAUCUAUGAGGACUAUAUCUCCAUUCUCUCGCCUAAAGAGGUAAGCCUCGACUCCCGUGUGCGAGAGACGAUCAACAGGAACAUGCAGGAGCCCAACUUGCACACGUUCGACGAAGCCCAGCUCCAGAUUUACACACUAAUGCAAAGAGACUCGUAUCCCCGCUACAUGAACUCCCCAGCCUACAAAAACCUGCUCAACACUCUAUCAGAGCAGUCCCCUGAAUCUUAGGGUGGUGAUGACCUGUGAUCUUUCAACUCUCUUUAUCCCCCUCCACUCAAACAGCCUCUUUCCUUAACCAUUUUUUAAACAUUUUUCUUUGUAUGUUCAGUGUAGGAUUACAUUAACCGGGCCUCGGGCCUGGCCCCUCCCAGGGAUAUCAGCGCUAUUGUGAUCUGCACCUGACCGAAGACACUCAGGUCUCAAAAUCUCCCGAGGGCUCGACAUCACAAGUACUGCUACAGAUCAACAUAGCGAAACACUCCAAAGGAAUAUGAUUACAUCUUUUUCUUUCUUUUGAUAGAAAUAAUCUAUUUUAUUUGCGUUGAGUUUUUUAUGGUCCGUUGUUUUUUUGUAUGAUUGUUUGGGGGGGAAAUUAUUCCUACUGUAGACUAUAUAUUUAUGAGUUUGUAAAUAGUGAAAAUGGAAUUGUGGGUUAUUUUAUGUAUAGACACCUGGUUCUAUAUACUGCGUAUGAAAAUCAAAGCUCAAGUCAAAGGCUACAUGUUAGCUGUACUUGCAGGCAGCUUUGUGGGGUACUGUAUGAUUUUACCUUGGUUUCCCCUUUGUUUUGUUACCUAACCUCACACUUUGGUACCUGUGACAGUGACUUGGCAACUCCAGUUCAUGUAGAAAAUGUGUGAGAUUGAAACAGCUGUAGGUGUGGUUAUAAGUGAAGUAACAGAAAAGGGAAGAUAGCUUUUGUUAAGUUGAGUUUUCUUUUUCUUUAAAAAACCUGAACUCAAUAAUGACAGGAUAUUCAAACUGUCUUUACUUAAUCUUAACCACAGAGGAUAUGUGUCACUCACUUCACACCUCAUGAGUAUGGGACUAAUAUAUUUUUACCAUUGUGAUAUAUGAACGGAAAUAAUUUUAUUUACAGAAAAUGUAUUUAUUGCUUAUUGAUCUAUUGCCAAUACAGAAAUAAAACAAGAACAAAUUAUAUUUAUUUAUAAAUGGGGUAAACUAUACUGCAAGGUCACUGUGUAGAGAAAUAUAGAGUAAUUGGGUAACGCUUUACUUUAUGUCUGUAAUUUCCUAAAUUCAUGGAAGUCCUGAUAAGCCUGUUUGGCAAUUGUUUAAAUAAAUUGAAGAUUAAAUGUGUAGUACAUAAAUAUGCUUAAUUCCUUGCUCGUGGAGAUUUAGAUGAAAAUAUUUUUUGCCUCUCUCACAUCUGUUUGCUAUUCCCAGAGACUGGUCAGAUUACCGUAGCCUGAUAAAUAUUUGCCUGAUCACUAACCCUCCAACAGCUGUUUUAAGGUGUUAUACUUUGUAUAGACUACACCCAUGAGAUACGUGUUACCCCUUUAGAAGUGCUGGUUUCAGAAAUGUGUUUGUGACAUAGACAAGUUAUUGUAUCUCGAUAAGCUAGGCUAAGCUAACAAACAUCCGGCCGUAGCUUCAUAUAAUUUGUACAUUGAGAGUCUUUUCAAAUUGUUAGUUGAACUAAAGCUAAGUGCAACAACUAAAAUGUCAACUAACUAACUCUCCACUAUAACAACUUGUCUUCUUGUCUAAAGCUAACUGAGAAUUAUUUAGUUAGUUCACUUGAAGUCACUAUUUGACCAAUAAUACCUAGCUUACUUAAAAACACAGUACUUUGCAUGAAACUUAUUGGAAAUUGCAGACAGUUGAGAUAAAAUGCCACCCAUAUUUUGUGAUGUUUUUUUUUUUGUAUGCAUUUGACUUUUAAUUUUUAAAACCAUAGUGUGGUCAGGCCAGGUUAGCAGCAACACCAAAGCUACCAUGUAAACUGUGUUCAUGUUCUUUACAAGGGCAUUUCUGUGACAAAAAAUUGGAGUUGCCAAGUUUUGAAUACUUUGAUGUAUUCUGAAAUAGUUUUAGUUGAAUUACUUUGUUGCCUCACAAAUAUGUCGCUCAAAGACAAGAUCCUCACAUGGGGAAGUGCCUUGACAUUCAGUUUUAUGACAUCUUUCUCAUGGGCAACAGUUGUUUUCAGACUUUUGCCGUGGUAACUGGAUGGUGGUUACUGGAGCACCCGGUCAGUAUACCAGGAUAUUGUCCCUCUCUUUGGCCAAAUUAUCGCAUGUGUUUCGUCUUAAUUCCUUAGUUGUGAGUAAAUCAGUCCAUUUUUGUGAGUGCUACCAAACAAUAUAAUGGACUGCGAUGACAACACAUGUCUUCAUUUGCUGAGGGCAAACAAAGAUCAAUGGAUAGGGCUGGUUGAUCUGAACUUCUUGCCAACCUGUGCUUCACGAUGGCACUUGUACUUGUCUUAGAGUUAACUUCAACUUAUGUGCAAUUUGAGCUGUUGGAUACACCAUGCAGAUCAACCUCAAAACACAAUCUAAGCCAAUGGUUUGGAGUGAUGCCUAUAUAUGUUGUUUCUUCUUCUGUUUACUAUAUGAAAUGUGUUAUUUUGCGCUGAGUUUACUGACGAAUACAUUUUUAAAAAACAAAUAAUGUGAAUGUUUACAGUAAAUGGUUUAGUUUUCUUUUCUGCUUCUCUUUAUGAGAAAAUAACUUGUGGGCAUUUUGAUUGAGAUCAAAUAAAGCACAAUAAUUUUA